AAUUUAUUGUUUAAAUUAAUAUUAUUGCAAAUUAAAAGUUGAUACAUAGGUGCCUCGUUCGAUUUAAAAUGGAUAUAAUUUACGAAAAGAUCGAUAACAAAAUAAAUAUAAAGAAUUUUACUCAAACCUUUAAAAAUCGAGAAGUUAACUGGAGGAUUUAUGUAUCUACUUUGACAGCAAACCUAUUAUUAAUCUCUGGAGGAAGUAUGGUGGCUUGGACGUCUCCAGUCAUUAAUAGGCUAAAAUCCAAUAGUACUGAAGAAAACCCUCUUGGUUCUCCAAUAACAACUAUGGAAAUAUCUAUUUUAGCUGCUAUACCCCAAAUUGCAACAUUAUUUUCCUUUAUUCCAAUGGCGAAGCUUUCCCAAGCUUUUGGGAGAAAAAAACUUAUGCUGUAUGGAGCAGUAUGUCUAUUAGUUACGCAGAUUGUAAUUUCAUUUGCCAGAAAUAUUUAUAUGUACUACGUAUGCUUGUUAAGUGUAGGCUUAGGAUUGAGUGCUAUAUCCAUAAGUGUGCCUAUAUAUUGUGGAGAAGUAGCCGAUACUUCUAAUAGAGGCAUAAUAGGUUGUUUUCUUGGAACAUCUAUGGUUUUUGGAAUGCUUUUAAUGUACGUGUUCGGUUCUUUUUUAAGUAUAAAGAUGUUUACUUUGAUAUGUGCUUUUCCAACUUUAGUUCAUAUUAUACUUCACAUGUUCGUAAUAGAAUCACCUAUUUACUUAAUUUCUAAAGGUAAAAAAAUAGAAGCUAUAAGAACCCUUGAGAGUUUACGAGGUAACAGAAGUAAUCGAGAAAUAGAAACAGAAUACUUAUCAUUGCAACAAUCUGUAGAGUCGGAUUUAAAAAGAAAGAAUCUUAGUAUGCUAGACUUAUUUAAAAUACGUUCAGGAGUUAAAGCCUUUUUUAUAUCAAUUACGUUAUGCAUAGGUCAACAAGGGUCAGGUAUCUCAAUCAUUGUAGCUUUCUUGGGUCCAAUAUUUAAUGAAAGUGGUGCCAAUAUAUCUGGUGAUAACGUUGGAAUUAUAGUUGGAUCAGCACAAGUCAUAACUUACGCUGUAGCAGCAUAUGUCAUUGAAAAACUAGGACGACGAUCCUUGUUAUUAUUUUCUUCAUUGGGUUGCUCACUGUUUAUGUUAUCAAUGGGCAUUUCAUUUUAUUUAAAACAUAUAAAUUCUUCUUUUAUAGCAGACAUACGGUGGUUGCCGGUUUUGUUUGUCAUACUGUAUGUUAUCUGCUAUGGAUUUGGCUUGGGCCCUAUUCCUGUAUGUAUUAUUGGAGAAUUAUUUCCGCAUGACUUCAGAUCUAUCGGUACAGCUCUGGUACUAGUUUUUGAUAGUAUUUUAAUGGCAAUAAUUAACUUUAGUUUUCCUUUGCUUUCAGAAGCAUUUGGAACUUUUAGCUGCAUGAUAGCUCACAGUUCAGUUUCUCUAUUGGCUUUUAUUGUUUUGUAUCUUCUACUACCAGAAACAAAAGGAAAAACUUUGAAUGAAAUUCAAGAUUUACUUAACAAAUAGCUUAAUUACAGCGUACUUGCCAAUUUGAAUGAACAAAUUAUUAUUUUAUAACUUUAUUAUUUUUAUUUUAUAACUUAAUAAAAAUUUUCAACCAAA